CUCACUUUAACGGAUUUGUACCGGUUACUUUAAUUCUUUAACAGAAAUAUAACAACCUGGGAGUCGGCGGCUAUGGUUCUCGGAAUUGUGGGAUUUGUAGUUCUUAGACGCUCCUGCUAAGCUACACUUGCACGCCAGUGUGCUUGCCAUGUGGAACCUGUAGUAAACGGUGAUACCAACUUUCCAACCUCAACCUAACCGUGUGCGGUGUUGUUAGUCACCAUGUCAUUUUGUUUUAACUUCGACGUCCCAGCACAAACAAUAAAACCGGACGACGUGGAUGGAAAUGGGCUGAAAAACGUAAAGAAAGACUAUGCUGCUACAUCUAAGCAGGAUGAUACCGAACCAGCUGAGCCACUAAAGGAGGCCAAAGAGCACCUUCCACCAUCUGACCCACAGUUCCUCCUUAUGGAUGCUGUCUCUGAAACGGUUACCAUUGGAGCUCUUCCCCCUCUCCACUUCCUCAAUGAGACUGUUUUUGAGAAGACGGCCUCGGAAAGAGAGGAUGUUGAGAAAAUUCUCUCUCGCACUGCGGAGCAGAGAUCUGAUCUCAUCCCUGGCGUGUACGAGGGAGGGCUGAAGGUGUGGGAGUGCACGUACGACCUUCUGGAGCUCAUUGAGAAAGAUGGAGAGACCUUUGGGGGGAAGGCAGUUUUAGAUUUGGGCUGCGGUGCGGGGCUGUUGGGGAUAUUGGCUCUGAAGAGAGGAGCCAGAAACAUCCACUUCCAAGAUUAUAACAGUACAGUUAUUGAACAGCUCACAGUGCCAAAUGUAAUACUAAACUGCCAAGAGGAUGAUGACAUAGAGAAUGAAGAUGACAAAGAAAGGAGGGGCAAGGGAAAAAUACAAGAGGAAGAUGGUUGUAAAAAGCAGUUGGAAGAGAAGCAAGAGGUAAAAGACGGCAGUCCAUCUCCAAAGAAAAGAGCCGUGGACCUAUCCCAGCAUCCAUUACUAGCUAAGUGUCGUUUUUUCUCUGGUGACUGGAGCACAUUUCCUGCUGUGGUUCAAAAGACGGGCCAGCAACCCAAAUAUGAUAUAAUACUCACCUCAGAGACGAUCUACAACACGGCUUACUACCCUGCCCUCCAUGAUACCCUCCACAAACUGCUGGCACCAGAUGGACUGGUCUACCUUGCCACCAAAUCCCACUACUUUGGUGUUGGCGGCGGACUGCACCUGUUUGAGACUUUUGUGGAGCAGAGGGGUACUUUCUCUGUGGAGCACCUGUGGGAUGGGGAUGAAGGACUUCAGAGACAUGUCGUAGUCCUACGUUUUAAAAUGCCAAAGGACUGAGAGGGACUCUUGUGCUCUGUUAAAAGGGAUUUUAUUUCAGGAAAAUAAAAAUGAUCCGGUUUGUGUUUUAGUCUUCUAUAUGAAGCCUGGAUUGGCUCCAGCCCCCCAUGAUCUUCAAAGGAUAAGCAGUGUAGCUAAUGGAUAGAUGGAUAUAUGAAACUUGUAUAAUGUAUGUUAAGGCAACAGUGACAAAACAAG